AUGAUGGAUACAGGUGCAAAUCGAUCUUUUAUUUCAAUCAAAGCAUUAGAUCCAUCCUAUGGUAAGCAAUUUAUUAAUAAAUCACAUAGUCGUGUAAUUUUAGCUGAUGGUUAUACAUCUCUUUCUGUUUUUGGUACAAUGAAUUUAUUUAUUAUGAUGGAUGAUAUGUCAACUUCUAUUAAGGCAUUAUUCGUUAAAGAAUUAUGUGCCAAUUGCAUAUUAGGUAUAGAUUUCAUUCAUAAAUAUAAAUUAUUUAUUAAUACUGAAGAACAAAUAGUUUCCAUUAGUGAUAAUUAUAAACGUAUCGCAUUAAAAUUUGAUAUUAACAAAGGUGACAUAAGAUAUUCUGCAUGUCUAAUUAAUAAUGUCCGGAUUCCACCAAAGAGAACAGUGACAGUUCCUGUAUCUGUAGAAUUAUCAUCAGCUAAAGUAUUAUUUUGUCCAUGCUUUAAAUUACAACAACGAUUACCUAUAUUUAUAAACUCAAUUAUUGACCAUCGAUCCGUAAAUAACAACAUUACUAAUUUAACUCGACAUAUUGAUAAUCCUGAACAACAAGAUAGAGUUGAAACUCUUCUUAAUCAAUUUGCAAAAUUACUUGGUACUAGUAAAUUAACAAUUGCUACUAAUGUAAAAUCUCAUGCUAUUAAAACACUUGAUCAUCCUCGACCAGUAUCCAAACCAUAUUAUUCUACUCCAAGUGAACAAGAAGAAAUUAUUACUAUUAAGGAUAAUCAUCCAUUACCCAAUAUGAAGCAAGCAAUACAAUUAUUAGGUGGUGGUUAUAAAUUUUUUUCCAAACUUGAUAUGAAGAGUGGAUUUUGUUAA